UGAAACACAGAUCCUACCUUCACUGAUGUCUUCAAUGGAAAUGUGUCUGUGUGUGGAUUUCUCUCCAUACUUCAGGAAACCAUGAAAACGGAGGAUUUGUAUUUGUUUCGUAGCUUAUAUGAGACUAAGGACAAAACUACAUGCUUUGGAUACAAGAAGCAUCCAGAAUCUGAUACGUACACAGCACCACAGAGUCAACCAGCAGCAUGUCAUCAUCCAGCUCUACAAACGUUACUGUGUGUGCAUCGAACGACACCCUGUGCACGAUAAAAGAAUAUCAGGUGGAAGUUAUUAUCGUCCCCGCGCUGCUGCUCUUCGGCACCCUGGUCACCUUAGUGCCUCUGUUUAUACUGAGGUAUUGCUGUGAUCGUAAUCGGACACGGGUCAGAACGGCCCAGCACUACCACAGCUCAUCACAUAGACAGACAGAGAGGCAUCACCAGCAACAGCAUAGCACCAACCACCACCACAGUCAUCGCACCAAGCACCAACAUCACAGAUCUCAUCUGCAGGGCAUUGAUGCGCCCCCUGGCAUCAACCCACUGGAACAUGAAGAGCUGCCAAUGUCUGUUACACAAGUGCGGCAGAAUGUCAGGCCAACGAUGGCUGUAGCACCACAGAGGUCCACAGAAAGGCAUCAUGAAGCCUUCAGCCAGGUUGCUGCACUGCCGCAGACUUUCUCCAUCCACCCUAAUGACACAGUCAACUUCUACAGAGCACGCACGGACAACAAGAACGUCGUGCUGAGGGUGCUGAAAGAAACAGCCACCAGCAGUGAGAAACAGAAGUUUUUGGGGUUUGCUUCCUUUGUGUCUGGAUUGGGGCCGCAUCCCUUCAUACCUGCGCUGCUCGGCGUUAUGUCAGCGCAGUCGCCUUUAGUCAUGGUGGUGGAAGAGCUACAGCAGAGAGACCUGCUGGGCUUCCUGUGGAGAUGCAGACAGGAUAACUCAGGUUUACAGUCUUCCUGUGGCAUGACAGAGAAGAGGAUCUUCACCAUGGCAGCACAAGUGGCCUCUGCUCUGGACUACCUGCACAGUCAGAACUGUAUCCAUGGCAACGUGGCAGCCCGCAGCGUUCUGGUUGGUGGAGACAUGACAGCUAAGCUGUGGGGGUUCGGCCCGGCCCACCGCAGGAGAACCCAGGGCAGUUCAACGGGAGAAGAUACAGUGACUAAGAAGUGGCAGGCGCCUGAAGUGUUGGCCAUGAGACCCAUCACUAAGAGCAGCGACGUAUGGUCCUUUGGCAUCCUCAUCUAUGAAAUGGUCACAUUAGGUGACCCACCAUUUGCUCAGGUCCCGUCGUCUGAACUUCUGCAGCAUCUCCAAAGAGGGAGUCACCUCAAACGACCGGACACCUGCUCCAACUCACUGUACUCCAUUAUCAGGUCAUGCUGCCACUUCAAGGCCAAGAGCCGGCUCUCCACGUCGGAGCUGAUUAGGAUGCUGAAAGCCGGGGAGAGCUCAGCCAAUGGGAGGACAGCUCUCAGAGUGACUGAGCCAUUCAUAUUCGAGAAAUACUUGAGAGAGGCGGGGUUUGCAGAGGCGUACAACUAUGCUGUGCUCUGAUUGGCUGGUUGUCAUCAGAGGUAGUGGCACGCCGAUUUUCAUGAAGGACCGAGGACUGGUGCAAGAACUCUCGCAGAAACGUGCACAUUAUAAUUGUUGUUUAUAACGUUUUUGUAUUUGGUAGUAUUGUAGGAAAACGUGCAUGGCACAAACACUUUAUAUU